AUGGACUUUUUCGAACAUCCCACCAUCAUUGGUAAUGAUCCAUGUAAGUAGUUUAAUGAAUUGUCUUUCUAAGGGAAUUCUCAGUCGUAAUGUCGCUUAGCAUCCGUAAAUUCAUCUGUUGAUCAAGAACUGCUUCUGACAGACAGACAUUCUAGGUCAAACUGCGUUAAGGGCCUGCUAAUUUCCUGUAAGCCAGACCUUGUUAUAGACAGUUACUCCUUCACAUUCAAAAGUGUAGAUACACCCCCCCCCCCUAUGAAAAACACUCCUUUGUAUUAUUGUUUUGGUUAUCCCCCCUCAAACUAGACGGUUUGUGGGUGCACCGACGAUUUAUACAUCUCCCGAGCUGGGACCUCCUUAAACAAUCUCACUCAUGACAAUGUACGUGCUCAACUACAAGAGGCUUUUAGGAGAAAAAAUUGACUUCGUUUACCCUGUUGAGAGCACAUCUGCAUUUUAACCCGGAACUCAAGCGGCAUAGUUUGUCGUUUAUGGCUCCACUUAACAGUUAAAAUGCCAACCUUUGAAAAGUCUAGUUACUGCUUUAUAAUGCAGUAUAUGCUGUUGCCAUAUUUUUCGUUUUUACAUAAUUAGGUCUGACAUAGGUAGAAUCCUAUAUUGGUUUGACCGGUCUGCACUGACGACAGUUAAGCAGGUGUUUUCUUUUUUUUAAGAAAACCCAGCGGAUUGACCGAUAGCUAUCAGAAAACGAUUCACUAGUGUCGAUCAUAGAUUUAUGUGUCAGCGGCCUCUUUUAAGAAUGCAACAUUGACCGUCUGAGUGCCUUCCUUUGUUUGACGUCCUCCGUUUUUGACCGCUCUGCCACGCAGCCAUAGGCGAAGGUAGACGAGGCUACGGACCAUGCUGCCGGCCUUCAGUAGGAAAAAUGUUGUGAGGACAAAAUAUUCGUGCGAGCAUGACUUCAAGGCACUAGUACCAUUUUAUAGUGACAUGUGGGCAUUUUAAACCGUAUAUCUCUCAGUAAAUACUUGUUAUUUGAGGUGGUUGGUGGAUAGGUCGCGACAAACUUCUUCCGAAAUUGUUGACUGGGUUAGAUUUGUUUGCGAGCGUACAAGUUUAGCUCCACAUUGGCACGACUAAUUUAAAUGUACUCGUAUUUGAGCCUAGUUUGUAUUGCACCAGUUCCGAGCUGAACGUGAAUGCACCCGCCAGAUAUUCCCACUGCAGCCAGUUGUUGAAUUUCGCCAUAGCUGUCAGCGAACGACGACCGUCUGUUUGUUUACUUUGCAGCAGCGUUAGAUUUCGUCCACCGAGAGCUCCUAGGACGGGUAGUAAUUAAAGGUGUCGGCAAAAACUGCCACCAUGAUCAGGGCCUUCUAUCGCUCCAAACUGGGCGAUUUUUAGACCUCAACGGAUUGUCGACUGUUUGAUAUCUCGUUAGGCGUCCGACAAAAUUGUAUUCUGUCGCCCAUUCUGUUCAGCGACCCCAGACUGGAUUCCAGGAAUGACCUUCCACGGAGUUUACGGUGGUCAGUUUGCAUUCGGACGCCGGCUCACUGAUUUCAGUAUGUUGACAAUAUUGCCUUGCUAGUUCCAAGUGUUGGUGAUCCACAGUCUGUGGUGUCACGAGCAAAUGAAGUCGCUAAAUCCGUCGGUUUGUCUACAAAUGCUGAGAAGGCCAAAGUGUUUUCGGGUCGCAUCCACGGCUAGGAGAAGGCACCCUUCGGAAUUAGUGGGCGUCAACUUGGAGAAGUAUAUUGUUUCAAAUACCUCGGAGCAAGAAUGCUGUCGAAUGGACAGAGCAGGGACGAUAUGGCCUGCCUGGUCGAUGCUGCUCGCAGGGUUUUCGCAAUUAUUAGAAAGUGUAUAUGAACCACACGUUACGUCUCCAUCGCCACGAAGAUCGGCGUGUAUUUUGCAUCCCCCUUGUCAGUCUUUAUACGGUUGUGAGUGCUGAGCUGUGAGUUUGGGAGCUGAACGAAAACUGCAGGUGUUUGGUCACCGCUGCCUGAGGGCUAUGCUUCGCGUGAAGUAAACCGACUUCGCCUCAAAUGAGACAAUCCGCGCCCGCUGUGACCUCAUGGAAAUAUCAUGAGCCAUCCGAGAAAGACGACUAAGGUGUUUUUGGCACGUUCGGGUUGUCGUUGUAAGGAAGAUCAACUCAAAACCUAGCCCGGUACAAUCUGGGGUCUUUGAAAUCACCGUAUUCGUCUGCGUUAUUAGGUAAAAAUGCAGGUCAAACAUCUAGAUCUGCCGCCACAGCUCAUCAUUUGAAUAGAGGCCCAAUUCGCGGCGUCAUCGGGACCGGCUGCAUCAGGCAUAAUCGCAGCCUUAGCAAGUGUAUGUACUGAUCUAACGAUUUUCGACUAUUCUCUGGUAAAUUUCUGGUUGAAUUUUAUUAUAAGUAGCGUCACAUUUUCAAAUUUAUAUGAAUUAGAGUUUUAGGAAAUGAGGCAAUUACUGACUUGCUUGAUUCAAGCGCAUUUUAUUGUUGUUAAAUCCUUAAAAUUGUGUGCCACGUAUAAUUAAAAAGAUCUGCAUUCUCAUUCUUUGUGAUCAGCAGUUUGCUUUAAACCAUUGUCAAGCAGUCUUUUACGCUAAACAACGUUAAACAGUAGGGUAGAGAUGUUUACAGUGUCCUAGCGAGCAGUAGUAAACCAGAUUAUUUGUGUCCGGGCGUUGUCGCAUUUGACGCAUUCGGGUAGUCGGGUGACUGACAGCGAUAUAAUCCCCUUAACAUGUGCAAUUAUCCGUUCGCGUUGCCUUCUCAAGUAGUUCACACACAUUUGUUUUGACAGACAUACCGGAGGACUAUUGCACGGAUACAGUCAGGCCGACUCUAAAAGGUUUAUUUAUUGGAGUGAAACGUAGGUAUGUGUCCUUGGAAGUGAUGGGUUAUGGCAUUGGUUACAAGGAGAGAAUUCUGAACAGCAAACAUCUGCGGUCUCACUUUCACAACCGUUACUGAAUGAUGGAAGCCUCGCAUACAAUGCAUACAGCUAAGUCAACUGCAGUGUAAUUUGCUGCAUUGUCAACACGACAAGCCCACCUCUAACACUCAAAAACUCCAGCAUCGCCACAACUACCAGAUCAACAGCCACAGUCCCAUCCUCUGUACUUACUGCUACUGCACAUCUGAGUUGCACAUCGGUCUGGGAAAUCACUUCCAAACUCAUCGCACUGAGACUAGCGAACCAGUUCCUCGACCCCCAAUAUACGCACGCCCCACUCGCCUCACUUACCUGCACUGCUUAAAGACAUUCGGUCAUCGCAUGAGUGUUCAGCCAUAUACGCCCCAGUAAAACAUCCCAGUCCAAAUCCAUCGCUGCUUUUCGCCGAAAUUGCCCACGGACACAUCCUUAGGUCACACAUAAACCUCCCUCAUACCACCCACACAGUUCUACCGCCGCAUCCGACGAUGUCCUGUAUAACACCCACCACUCCCUGCAACAUCACACCCAUGUUCGACAGCAAACAUACCAUCCAAAAUAACGGGCGAACAUCGUAUGUCAUGUGGAUAGUUCGACCGUCGUUGCCGACGGUUUCCACCGUGUGCUCCACGGUAAGGUGUAGCAGGAACGGUGAGUUGUGCAUGACUUAGUUUAUAGUGGUGGAAGGCUUGCACAGCAUCUACCACACUCCCUUGUCCCCCACCCGGACCCGGUGUCAAGACAGAAUCAAGAAGACCGGAGGGGGGGGCGUAGGUGAAUGGCACGGUCAAGCCCGCACCUUGGCGCUCCACUCCGCACCCUCUGGUCUACACCGCAAAUUACGGUGGUGCGGCCAAAGCCGCCGUCACACCUGGCUCGGAUUCCACAGAGUGGUAGUGCCAUAAAGGCCACAUUAAGAAGGAGCCAUUGCAACCCGACUGUUAGACCACAAGUCGGCCACUCCACGCAAACACACAACACUGGGCCGACUGCGAGAUCCAAAUUACCCCGUCAGUUAGCAACCUUCCAAGCCACGGCGCCUGGAACAUCUCGAUAACCUCAGUAUCGUGUCACACAUGCAUCAGAAGAGCCGCAUGGAGAAGGGGCCGAGGAUCACACUUCGCACUUGCGUCGGAGGUGACAAUUGGGUGCUUGCUAUGGGUGAUGGUGUUGCGUCGUGCGAGUGUUGGUGGGGGAUGAUAUGAUGGUGUGGUGUAACCGGCGGUUGUCUACCGCGGGUCUUCGUGGAUGCCCAUGUGUCCCAGUAGGUCCAUGCGAUGAGUGAAUGUGCGGGGACAGUGUGGACAGUGGAGGCGGAUGCGACGAGUGUAUGUUGGUGCUGCAGGCACUGGUUUGCCAGUCUUUGUGUGACGGAUUCUAAAGUGACCUACCAGGCCGUUGUACGAAGUGAAUGUACGGGGGCAGUGUGGGCUGGAAAAGUCAGCGGUGUAAAGGUCGGUCUUGGUGAUGAUGUGGGACGGGGCGUGGGUUGGACUGGACGUAGUGAGUGUGCAGGAUGCGUUAGGUGUUUCGAGGCUGCGGCGAAUUCCACUCUCAUGAAUACGCAUGUUACCUAGAGGGCCAAUGCGGUGAGUGUAUGUGCUGCGACACUGUUGACUGUGGAGACGGAUGCGGCGAGUGCAUGUGGGUGUUCCAGGAAGUGGUUCGCCAGUCUUUACGCGAUGGUUUCGCAAGCGACCGACCAGGCCGAUACGUGAGGCGAAGAUGCGGUCGCACUUACGACAGGUAUGGACCGAGUCCACAUCGCUGGUUUUGGUGGUGAUGAAGUUGAUGUUUUUCGGUGUGUUAGGAUUGUGUGCAGUGGUGGUCGAUGCAGGAGCCGUCACAGCGGAUGUUAAAGCGAUGGAGGAAGAUGGCAGGUGAGGGUUCAGGAGUGCGGUCCGUGCUGGUUGUCGGCGUGGGGGGUAAGGCAGAGGUGGACUGGCGGACCUCGGGUGGUGUCGUCCUAGUGCUUCAAUUGGUACGAAGACGUCCAGCGAGACAAUUUGGUGCCCGGAACGCCCGCUGACAUCGUGGGCAGGUCGGCAGCGGCUGAUUGUUGGUGUUGCGGGGCGGGCGCAGUUGAGAUUUACGAGCUUUGUGUUUGGCUUUGGUGGCGGUUAUGCGGUUGGCUUCGCAGAUCCCUGCACCGGUCUUCACUGUUCGGCGACAUCUUCAUAGAAGAGUCGUUUGGGUAAUUGCCCGUGGUCCGUGCGCUCCAGAUGACUGCUCCUGCGCAGUUGCAUUUGUCUCAGCAUGACGUAAAUGCCGAGGAUUUCCGUCUGUUUCAGUACGUCCGUGUCCGGGAUCCAGCCCUGCCACCUCAGCUCCAAUAUCCGUCGGAGACAGCGGAGGUGGAAGUGCUUGAGUCUCCACGCCUGCUUCUUGUUCACCGUCCAGGUCUCCACUCCACACAUCAGGGUCGGCAGGAUGACCGCUUUGCACAUCAUUAGUUUGGUGCAGAUGCGGAGACCGUGUUGAUUCCAAACUGUGUUUUACGGGCAACCGAAGACUUGGCCGGCCUUGGAAAUCCGGCGGGCCACUUCGUCGUUGAUUUUAGUGUUGAGAGAGAGGGUGCUGCCCAGUUAGGUUAAACUUUCCAUGGCUUGCAGUUGGGUGCCGUUCACGUUGAUUUGGGGUGGGAUGUAGGCAGCGUGGGGUGGCAGUUGAUGCAUAACCAUCGUCUUCUCCGUGUUGACGAUUAGACGAAAGUUGUCACAGACGGCAGCGAAGAGAAGUUUAUGGACGGAAGUUGCGGAUACACGCGACUGGAAGUGCAUCCGCCGCUGAUUAAAGAGUUGGCCGUCCAUCCUGUAGGCAAUGCGGAUCCCGGGACGUUCGUCACGAUAAGCGUCCAUCAGCAUGACAGAGAACAUGAGACUGAAGAGGGUAGGCGCAAGGACUCAGCCCUGCUUCACUCCGUCGAUCACUUCGAAUGCCUCGGAGAUUACUCUAUUGUCCGUGACGUCCGCCGUCAUGCCAUCAUGGAGCUAACGCACUGUCUAACUGAAUCGCUCGGAGACAGCCGAAUUUCUGCAUGAUUUUCCACAGUCCUUAGCGACUCACCGUGUCGAAGACUUUCGUCAGAGCCAUGAAGGUAAAUUAGAGGUGGAUCUUCAUUUCCUGUCACUUCUGCGAUUGACGGGUGUUAAAGAUCAUGCCUGUGGUCCAACGAUGACGACGGAAGCCGCGUUGGCUUUCCGGCAGAAGACCCUGUUCCAACUGGUUGUUCGGACGGUUGAGAAGAAUGCGAGCGAAGAUCUUCCCGGCGAUGUUCAGCAUGAAGAUGCCUCGGUGGUUUUCACAGAGCUGGCGAUUACCUUUCCGCUUGUAGAGGUGGACGAUUGUGGCGUCCUUGAAAUCCUGCGGGACUUCUCUUUUUUGACGCCGUCUGAAAGAGCUCCGUCAGAUGAUCCGUGAGUUGGGGGCCUCCGUGUUUGUAGAUCUCAGCAGGGAUCGCGUCCGAUCCGGGAGCUUCCUCACUGGAGAGCUGGUGCACGACCCUAAUAGUUUCGCGGGCCUUGAAGUCACCAAGGACAAUUAACUUGUCCGCCUUCGGCACAGUCGUCAGGCGGUCGUUGAUGCCGUGCGGCAUACAGGGCAGUUGUCCCACUAUGUCGUUCCGGAUGGCAAAGGCGAAGUCCGCAUCGCGUCGCUCUACCUUGGGGUGACCUCUCCAGAAGGUUUAACCGGCACCCACCUACCCUAGUUGGACUUGUUCGGAAAACCGGGUCCCGCUGAGUGUCGCGAUGUCCACUUUGUAACGCGCCAGUUCCCGAGCCACCAGCGUCGCCCUCCGUUCCGGUUAGUUGCUCCUCGCAUUGUCUGAAAGGUAACGAACAUUCUAGGCUGCCAGAGUGAGCAAACUCACCCUACUGGUCUGGCGAGUUGGACGGUGGCAGCGGCGGGAAAGAGGAGGAGAGUGUGUGUGUCGUUUCUUUUUUGACUGCAUCGACCGUGUGUUUUAGGUCUGCGAGCCACGGUCAGCGUGCGGAAGACGUGAAUCCCAACUUUUGUUUAGGGCACCAUUUCUACCUCCUUCCCUAAAUAGGGCUGCCCAGUUGUCCCAGACGGCUACAGAACUCCACUAUGGACCACGUCUUUGUUUAGUGGGAGAACGAUCCGAGUUAGCCUGGAUCGCCCACGAGUCCGCUGUCGUUCACGCCGUAUGAUUUGAAGGGAGGGAAGGGGAGAUGGUGGAAUGGUAGAGAGACGGGAAGCAGAGAUUCCCCGUCCCUCUCUAAGCUAACUUGUUUCUAAAAUAUAAACGGCGAACAUGAAGCUUUAACAGAACGGCAUUUAGCUUACAACGAGGAAAAACAAACAAGCAGACGAAGGCAAGCAGGUAAGAACAAGCAAAAAGCAAAGACAAAAUAACAAUAUUCGGCUUACCUGGGGGAGUCGGUUACCUUGUGACCUACAGCGGGAUUGCGGACGAAGCUUCAUCUUGGAGGUGGCUUUGCAGUGGCCCAUGGGACAUUCGACCGUGGGGUAAGAAAGUAGAGUGGAAUAGAGGGUAGAGAGAGCGAUGGGCAAAGGAGAAGGACUGAGAUUAGGUGUGAAAGAGAAGUGAAGGGGCGGUCUUCCUGCCACUGCGUCAGUAUCUUGCUGAGGGCUUGUGACCUCCUGUGGGAUUGCCGACGGAGCCUCAUCUCAGGGAAGUCUAGGCGGUGAUUCGUCCGGCCAGCGAUGUUGUGAGCGAAGCCGAGUUACCGUGUGUGGAUAUGCACACACGCAUAUCCUCACCUGGUCUAGCCCGCCAGUCGAGGUGGUUACCGGGGUGUGGCCGCUAGGCAGAGCCUAGUUUCGGGGAGCCACAUGUGAGAGUUGCGUGCCAGUUAAUGGACGCUAGGCGCAGUCUACACCUGCAAGUAAGUGAGCGACCUAUUACGACCAUCAUGUGGACCCAUAACUGGACUCUCCUACACCCAGUCGUAUGUCAAAACGUGCGCACCUCACGUAGGUAGGGAAGCAUGUCAUCUCGUGUAUCCUGGUACAACUGCCGCGGGGACCAGGUCUUGUGGGAUACGUUCAGACUGGCUGUUUAGCUUAAUCAGCCAUUGAGCCCAGUCACAUCACCCGUUUGUUGACAGGUUCGGACAGCCGACUGGUUCACGGGAGAGGUACGAGAUGGUGAGGCCAAUACUAGAGAGUUGGUCCCAAAGCACAUCAGCGCAUUUCUCACUAUUAUAAGCCUGAGGCAUUUAAAUCCCUCAUGAAACACUAAAAGUCAUGGCUUGGUAGGCGGCUGCCAACUGACGAGAUGACUCAUUCCUCUUUGGAGUAUUUUGGAGUACUGGCUCCUCUCCCAUGGAACUGUCACAAAUGUGAGGCCCGAGUCGCCCCUGUGAGGGCUUGGUGCACGCUGCGCGGCCUAGCGGGCAGAAGAACUGCUCAGCUCUUUCAGCCACUGCGCCCUCACUCACCUCCGAUCGUAUCGACUUGUCUUGCCAUCGCAGCAGGAGGAGGGAGUGCGACAGGCGUGCAAGUCGACCUCACAAUAAACCAAUUGCAAGAUAUUGGGGCUGGGACCACUUUGUGGGGCACACAAUGGACUUCAUCGUCCGUGACGGUCAAACUGUAAUGGUCAUCUUGUCUGAUAUAUUUCCUGUUUUGUCUUUGAAUUCCGAAUUGAAUAUCGCAGUCCGCGCCUAGAAAUCCGAGGAAGGCUAAAACACAGUUGAGAAGGUUAAAUAGAGUCACCCAGACGCCUUGCAUACCGCUCCCUUCGUCGUAAAUAAGCACGCCCAAAAUAAUCUUCCACUGCAUCCGUCCCGCGACGCAGCCCGGCACCCAUCAAUUAUUUGUGUACCAGUAUCGCCAGUCCUAGUUGCGUUUGGGGUACUUGUUUAUCCGCUGUCACUUGUGUCUUUACUUGAUCGCUUCCAUGAGGUCUCCUCUUCCCGGUCCAAGUGCUUGACCCAACCGAAUUCGAUCUAGACAAAAAGCCGUGAAUGUGCGACUUGGACCUAGUGCGGCUGUAAUCAUGCCUCAUGCCUAAUCUAACCAGCCUCUGUAAUGCUCCGCUUGUUGCCUCCAUACCAGUCGUAUCAGACAGCUGAUUCGGUUAGCUGUACCUGGCAACCAUCCACUGUCCAAUCAAUGGACACAUUUCUGGCUCUACUUUGGUUGUGACAAACUCUUUACCGUGUCCGACCCUUUGAUAGUCUGCGAUUCUUAGACGAGAUUAAAUUACAUUUACCUAACAAAGCCCAUCUGCAUUUUGUCCUGCUUUUGGUUCUGAUUCUAUCAUCUGGAGUUCCUUUUAUAAAAAAAUGGGACAUAUCUCAUUACUCGCACUUGGUAUUACCCGAUCGUGCACUCCAUAAUUAAGUAGAUAUUUUCCUGUCGAACAAUAUAUCUGCACCUCGAAGUAGUGAAUGCUUAUGUCGUAUCAAUCCUUGAAUCUUUGCCGACUUUGAGGUUGAUGUUAUCAGGCUUUUUAGUCAAAAUUUUUCAGCACGCCUCUACUGUUAUCUCAGUAGAGAAACAGAAAAUUUUAAUAAAUCAAAAAUAACUGUGACAUUUUUCUCCACGGAUAGAGCCCAUGCUCACCUUUCCUCUCCGCCUCUAUCCCAAGGCAUUGAGCGUCCGAAUUCUGACUUGGUGUGGUACUACGAAGGUCGUAAUGGUUGGUGGCGGUACGACACCCGAACGGCUACCGAAAUUGAGGCGGCCUUCACGCAGUCCUUGCAGUCUUGUGAAGUCUGCGUCGCCGGCCACAUCUAUGUUGUGGAUUUCGCACAAAUGUGUCAGGUAUGCUUUUGUGAGAACCACGUUCGCGUUCCUAUUUUAGUGAAAUUUUUUUCCCUACUAGACUAGGCUGUAAAUAUCCCUUGUACACCGUUAUCGCCGUCGCUGUCCCCACAGCGCUCUUAGCAUGAUCUACCUAUUGAUCCGCUUUCCUGUAGGCGCGUAAAGAUCGACCUGGGCGCACUCGAAGAAUCAAACGUGACAGUGCCGACCUGGAAAUGAAAGGCGUCGCUGGCCUCCGGCUGUCUCUGCUCAAAAAGGCAGCUCAGGAGUCGUCGGUCUGCGACUCUUCUCCAGUUGAUGUCGUCGGCGACUCCAUUGCCUCAUGUUCAGGUACAUCCGUGCCAGACCAUAAUUCCUCGUCUGAACCAACGAGUGACGCGGUCCCCGCCUCCCUGGACCAACUGAUGACUCCCCUGGUAAACGUUAGUUUGGGGGGCGAUAGGGAAGACGUCUCGCCUGAUCCUGCCUCCACUCACGAUUCUGCUCCGUCGCCCACGCGUCUGCGGAGGUCGUUGCGCACCCGAGCUCGUCAUCGUUCUGAUUUACGCGAUUGA